AAAGUAGAAUGUACCUCAUUCCAUUCCGUUCGCCGGCUCCCAGGGGAGCCAUGUUAGGUAACAUGAAAACCACGCCACCGUUCUGAGAUCACGCAAUAACAUCCCCUGCUUUUCUCUGCCGCCGCCGGCUUCAACAAACGUCAUUUCAAUGAAUGAAAAUGCGCUAUUUUUUUGUCUACAAAGCAAGUUAACUGAUAAAAUAUGAGAAGUGUGCGUUUAGGCGGUGAGGCGCGAAGCUGGCGAGGAGAUGUGCUGUUCUGCCCGCCAAUCCUCUAAACUAGCGAAGAGUCAGGACUCACUCCCACUGUUCAGGAAGCGCCCAUCUCGGGUUUCCCGCAGCCGAAGGGAGUUUGAGUGACUUUUGGCCCCUCGCGGCCCCUGUAGCGUCCCUAGUUACUGAGCCCCUAGUAACCGCCCGCCCCAAUCCAGGAGCCGCUGGCAGGUCUGAGUCGGCGCCAGCUCCCCCGCCCCGGGCCAGCGCGGGCGCUCAGGCCUCCGCGGCGCGGUGAUGGCCGCCUCGCUCCGAGCGGCGAAGCUGGAGGCCUCCAGUCUCCAAACUCCGGAAAAUCCCAGCGUCGGAGCGCAGGUCGCCCAGAAUGAACGCGAAGACCCUUCGGAGGCCCUGGCGGCAGCGGCGGCGGCGGCCUUAGAGGAGGAAGAAGGCGACGAAGAGGAGAAGGCUGUGCUGCCGGCGCUGGCGGGGACUGAUUUUAACACCAACAUUUCUGAGGUGGACGAACAAACACAUACAAGCAAGGAGGACUUUGUGGACUUUUCUGAUAUAUACCACUCGAAUGAAGAGUAUUUUAGGAAGCUAGAAGAGCUGAAAGCUGCCCACUUGGAAACUAUGGCAAAGUUAGAGAAGAUGUACCAGAAUAAAUUAAAUUUAAAAGAAGUUCAGCCAGUGAUCAUCAGGGAAGAAGCUUCUAGUGUCUCUUCCAGGUCUGAUUCAGAAAAGAACUCCUAUCACACAAUCUCGUUAAUGACAUCAUUUUCAGAGCCUGAUUUAGGACAGUCGUCCUCCUUGAUUAUGUCUUCCUCUGAAGAUGAGUUGCUGAACUCAGAAAAAGAGUAUCCUGAAAAAAAGAGGGUGAUGAGCUAUGCUAAAGAACUCAUUAACAACAUGUGGACAAAUUUUUCUGUUGAAGAUUAUAUUCGGUAUAAAGAUGCUGAUUUCCCGGCAGUUGAAAAAACAAAGAAGAAACCAAGAGAAUGGGUGCCAAGGAUUACAGUACCUGAGCCUUUUCAAAUGAUGAUUAGGGAACAGAGGAAAAAAGAAGAGAACAUGAAAUCUAAAUCAGAUAUUGAAAUGGCACACCAAGUGCUCAGAGAACAAGAAGAAGAAUCAGAGUGUAAGAAAAAAUUCCGAGCCAAUCCAGUUCCUGCAUUCGUCUUUCUCCCCCUUUAUCAUGACAUAGUCAAGCAAAAUGAAGAACGCAGGAGGCGUUUGAAGGAAAAAACCAAAGAAGCUCUUUUGGCUUCACAAAAACCAUUUAAGUUUAUUGCAAGGGAGGAACAGAAGCAAGCAAUCCGGGAAAAGCAGCUGAGAGACUUAUGCAAGUCUAAAAAGAAAACAAAUCAAUUUAAGGCCAGACCUAUACCUCGAUCUACUUAUGGCUCAACCGUAAGCUCAAAGUUUAGCUCAAACUCCAAUGAAAAAUUAAAAGAAGAAGAGCUCUAUAGAGAGAUUGUGACGCAGCUGAGGGCCCAAGAGCUUUUGCAGUAUUCAUCUCCUCUGCCUUGUAGGUCAGGUCUCAGAAGUUGUGCUCCGAGGAAGCUCAAGUGUCCUGAACAGGUUGAAAAGUUGAAGCGUAAACACGAGUUGAGAUGCCAAACUGCCAAUUUUGAAUACCUUCCUGAGAGAUACCAGAAACACCUCUCAGAACAGAAGUGUUCAGAACUCCUAACCGUUGGCCGUAAACCAUCUGGUCUUCAUGCGGCCUCUAGCGCAUCCACUAAAAGAGAGAAAAUUCUGGCAGACAUUGCAACAGAUGAAGAACAUUUAAAAGAAACACGGCCUAAUCUCUCUCCAAGGCACAAACUGACAGUAAGAAGUGCAAGUGCAAAGCCUGUGCCUUGUAACUGCAACCCUCCAGUGCCCACAGUGUCUUCCAGAGGAAGAGAGCAAGCCACGAGGAGAUCACUUGAGGAAAAGAAAAUGUUGGAAGAAGAGAGAAAUCGGAUCCUAACUAAACAGAAGCAAAGAAUGAAAGAAUUGCAGAAACUCCUGACAAUCCGGGCUAAGGCUUAUGACUCACAUCAAAGUUUAGCUCAAAUGUCUAAAUCCAGAGUCAAAUCUCUCAGAAAGAGUGAAAAGGAAAGGAUGAGAGAAUACCAGCGAGAACUAGAAGAAAGAGAAGAAAAAUUAAAACACAGGCCGCUACUAUUUGAAAGAGUUGCUCAGGUUCAUCAAAUCAGUCAAGUAAGUUUGUACUUAAAUCUGAACAUCAAAGCUAGUCAAGGACGCAUGUCAGCUUGAUACAGAAUGUGCUGCUGAUGCAGUCAUAGUCAAAAUAAUCGUUUCACAACCUGUUUUUCAUGGCUUUUCUUUUUUUUUUAGUACCAACUUUUCUUUUUUUUUUUUAGUACCAACUUAGCCAUAUAUUAAGGUGAGUCUUCACUAUAUGAUUUGGAAGUCCUUGAAGAAUUAAAAAAUGAAACAAAAUGCUAAUGGAAUCAGAUUUCUUUCUGCCAGUUUUUCUUUUUCAGUUUCAUUGAGAUAUAACUGACCUAGAGCACCGUGUACAGUUAUGAUUACAGCACGUGACUUGACAUACAUAUAUGGCAAAACGAUUACUACCAUAAGUUUAGUUAAAAACCCACACCUCAUAUAAUACUGAACUUUUAGGAUUUACUAAAAUCUGAACUUUUGGGAUUUACUCUCUUAGCAGCUUUCAGAUAUGCCAUACAGUGGUAUUAGCUAUAGUCAUCAUUUUGUACAUUACAUUCCCAGUACUUAUUUAUCUUAUAAUUAGAGGCUUAUACUUUUGACUGCCUUCAUCCAAUUCCCCUGGUAACCACAAAUCUGAUCUGUUUUUCUAUGAGUUUGUUUUUGUUUUUAGAUUCCACAUAUAAGUGAGACCUGUAGCCCUUGUCUUCCUCUGUCUGACUUAUUUCACUUAGCAUAAAGUCCUCAAAGUCUAUCCAUAUCAUUGCAUAUGGCAGGACUUCCUUUUUAAUGGCCAAAUAGUAUUCCUUGCACGUACACCACAUUUGCUUUACCCAUUCAUCUUUUGAUGGAUACUUAUGUUGUUUCCCUGUCUUGGCUAUUGUAAUUAAUACUUUCGUGAAUGUGGGGUGCAGAUAUCUCUUCAACGUAGUGAUUUUGUUUCCUUCAGUUAAAUACCCAGAAGUUGGAUAUCACUGGAUUGUAUCAUAUUUAUGUUUUUAACUUUUUGAGGAACCUCUGUACUGUUUUCCAUAGUGGCCGUUCUAUUUUACAUUCCU